CGCGGGAGCGUCGCGGAUCGCGGAGCGUGGAGCGCGGCGGCGGGCAUGUCCCCGCGCGCGCCAGUCCUCGUCGGCCGCCGGGCCCGGGCGGCAGCUCCCUCGGCGUCGGGCUCCCGCGCCCCGGCCGCGGACAUGUAGUAGUGGCCGGCGGGGCUCCCCGCAGCCCGGGAGCGGCAGGACGGCCGAGCCGGAGCCGGAGCCGGAGCCGGAGCGGAGCGGCGCGCGGCGUCCCGCGGCUGAGGCGCCGAGUGCGCGUGGCGCCCCGCCGCCCCUCGGGCGGCCCUUGGGGCCGGAGGAGAGCAUGGGGGAGAAAGUUUCCGCGGCGGCGCCGGAGCCGGUGCCCCGCGGCCGCGGCGCGCCCGGCGUGCGGACCCUCGUCCCCGCGGCGGCCGCCGCGCCCUCGCCGGGCGCGUCCUCGGCGGAGUCCUCGUCGGGCUCGGAAACUCCGUCUGAGGAAGGGGAGCCGCGCGGACCCGCCGGCCGCCCGCCGCCGCCGCCGGGAGGCGCCCUCGGGGCCCGGCCGCCCGCCGCGUGGACCCCGGCGCGCGCGGUGCCCGAGCGCCCGGCCCCCGCCCGGCCCCCGCCGCCGCCGCCCCCCGGAGGAGCCGCGCCCCGGGGCGGCCGCGCGUCCCCCGAGGAGCAGGACGAGGAGCUUGAUCACAUAUUAUCCCCACCGCCCAUGCCAUUUCGGAAAUGCAGCAACCCAGACGUGACUUCGGGCCUCGGAAGGUCACUGAAGUGCAAGAGACAGCUGAGCGAGGAUGGGAAGCAGCUGCGAAGAGGGAGCCUGGGAGGAGCCUUGACAGGGCGGUACCUUCUUCCGAAUGCAGUGGCCGGACAGGCCUGGCCCGCCUCGGCGGAGACGUCCAACCUGGUGCGCAUGCGCAGCCAGGCGCUGGGCCAGUCGGCGCCCUCGCUCACCGCCAGCCUGCAAAGUGCCUUGUGUGUAGGAGCCAUUCAGAAACACAGUGUAGAAGGAACAAGUCAUGGAAAAGUGACAGUCCUUCGGCUGUACAGAGAGAGUGAGGGUGAACCUCUGCCUGCUGCAAUGGCCUAA